UAGGGAGAGAGACUGACUCACGCUGCCUGUACUUUUCUGUUUGUUUUGGUUUCUUUGAUUGGGAAUUUCGGAGGACAAACCACAGGGCUGCAGUCCAGCUGCAGAGAGACUGCCGACCGCUCUCUCUUGCCCUCUCUCUCUCCCUCUAUUUCUCUAUCUCUUUCCCUCCCUCCCUCUCUCUCUCUCGUCCUCAUCAAAGGGGAAAAGCCGCUGUGGCCUGCUGACGUCCGGCCUAGUCCGGCCUCGGUUCUGCUCUGGCCACACCCACCAUGCAAAAGAAUGCCCUGGCCGAGGACGACAGCCAAAAGGACAGCGUGUCUGGUGACUCAGACUCUCCAGAGCCGGGCCCUGUGUCCUGCAUGGAGCCCUUCCUGGUGCGAAGGCUAUCCUGCAGGACAGUCCAGCUGCCUCCGCUGGCCUUCAGACAGGCUGAGCAGUACUACUGUGACCGCAAACCUGAACCGGACACGGUUACGGUCCCACCGCGGCCCACCACUCUGCAGCUCCGCACCCCCCCGCUCAUCGCCAUCACCUCCGCUGACACCACCAGGUGA